UACAAAAAAAAAAUAAAAAUUAAGUGUAUGGUGGUAAUGAGCACUAAUAAAAAAUGUAAUAAGUGGAAGGGAAGGAGCGACAAAGGGGGGAGGAGCGGUGGAAAGGGGAGGCAUGGCGGAUGGGGGAGGAGCGGCAGACGAGGGAGGAGCGGUGGAGUCGGAAGGAGCAGAGGAGUCGGGAGGAGUGGUGGAGUUAGGCAAAGCGGCAAAGUCGGGAGAAGCGGGAGGAGCGGCGGAGUCGGCAGGAGCAGUGGCGGAGUUGGGAGGAGUAGUGGAGUCAGGGAGAGUAGAGGAGAGGGGAGGAGCAACAGAGUCGGGAGGAGCGGCGGAGUUGGAAAGAGCAGCGGUGGAAGGGGGAACACUGGCGAAGUUGGGGGAGGAGCGACGGAGAGUGGAACAACGGCGAAUGGGGAAAAAGCGGCGGAGCAGGGGAGGAGUGGCAGGAGGAGGGACGGAGACGGGAGGAGCGACAGACGGGGGAGGAGCGGCGGAGAGGGGAAACCCUUUGAUUGAUUGAAUGAUUGGUUGAUUGAUUGAUUGAUUGAUUGAUUGAUUGAUUGAUUGAUUGAUUGGUUGAUGAUUGAUCUGCUCCUCCACUCUUUGGCGAUCCCCUCCUUCAAUCCUCCCCCUGCCCCGAGCCUCAUCCUUGAUUGAUGGAUAGACAACUUGGUUGGUUGAUGGGAAAGUCCCACCCAGCUGGUUCCGGGACGCGAGUCCGGAAUUCA